GGUUACUGCUUUCAAGGCGAUCUGCGAGGCAGAACUGGAAACGGGCUACCAACAGACCUGAAAGACCUUUUCCCAUAAAAACGUGGCGCGACAUAAGAACCCGAGAUAAAUCUCGAGCACUUACCACUUCUAGGUAAUCUAAAAUAUAUCCAAUAGUAUUAUAUACACCUAGGUAGGAAAACAACCUGGGUAUACUAUAUAUAAUGGGACCCAGAACGAGACCAGCUGACAAGGAAAAACUCGUGCAAAUGGACUUACUCUUUCGUGAAAUCCAGUCCAUCUAUGAUGCCGGUACCCCGAUUUUCACAAAAGAUAACAUACGUCAAGUUGGCAAAGAGCUACACCGUUUUCAGAAUGGUGACCGAAACAACGGUGGAAACAUCACGAUGAGGGGGGUUAAUGGAGUCGAUUAUGAAGUAUUUGUCCCACCUCCAAUUCGCAGACCUCCGAGGGAGAAUGAGAUUUGCAGCGAUCCAGCCUGGGUCAUUCAUUACUGCGCUAUCGAAUAUCUUACUAGCUUCAAGUAUCCGGACGUAGCAAUAUUCGAUCUCCAGUCGGCUUACCUCCCCAUGAGGAUUGGCUCUAUCGUUAGGAUUCAAAAGAAAAAUCUGAAGAGUUGUUCCUUAGAACUGCAGCGGCCCGCAGCGCCGGAAGAGGACCUAAACACAUACCGGGCCAUCGAGCGACACUGGAAAACAACCGAACACUACGCGCAACUUCAAGAAGUGCUAUCUAACAUCGAAAUACCCUUCCCUUUAACUAAGGUUAUUGCCGUUGCUUCGGGAAAACUCGUCUUUCAGUCGCAAGUAAGUAAACGCCGGGUUCUUCAUCACUCGCUUGUCUCCGACCUUCGUUUAACCCUAGUUCGACGCGGGUUUUUGCUCGACGCGGCGUCGCCCACCCAGCCGUAUGUCCAGGAUCCGGCCUAUACGCAACGAGAUACGGAUAUUUUACGCUCGGCCGGGUUCACCGUCCUAAACGAUCCGCAAGCAUGGCUAGAGCUGGACGAGUCCAGCGUUCUCGUGUGCAUCAACGCUGACCUUCCGGUCGCCGACAUCGUAGCUGACAUAUGCCGUCCAGCUUUGAUUAUCUGGGAUAAGAAGCGAGGACCUCAUCCUUAUUGCGCCGUAACUCCGAGAGUAAAAGCCAUGAUCGAGAACGAGUAUGUCGAAACUAAGUUUCCCGAUCACGAGUGCUUCGGAGAUCUGGUCAUGCUCAUCAGAAAGGCUACCUAAUGUUCAAGGCCCUAUUAUGAUGCCAAAUGUUUUGUGGCUAAGCAGACUGGGAGUGAUUACGGAGGCAGGCAGGUUUGAAGCCGUCGGCAGGAAUUAUGACGUUCGGGGGUUCGGGUGCAUGCUUUUCAUUCGACCCCAUAUCGACACACAGCUCUACCUACCAGCCAACUCUCGCUGAUUCCGUGAUACUACCCACCAAGAUAGGUAUCUAGCACACUCCACACUUGAACUCCCGCGGCCUUCAACAUAGAAGCGGUGAAAAGGCAGUAGAUAGUAGAGCACUACGAAGACCAUAUGUGCGAAUAAUGGAGAAACGAAUGA